AUGAUUUUUGAUUUUACAAAGUAUCUAACAAACAUAAUUAGAUAUCAAAAACAAUAUACUUUGAAUCUACUUGUUGAAUCAGAUGAUUCUUCUACAACAACUGAUAAUAUCAUGAACUACCUUAAGGCAAAUACUAGUAAAUCUCUUCUGCUUAAAAAUAGUAAAGGAAAAAGAGAUAUUUUUCCUGGUUUCUUACAUAGAGUUGCUGAUGAAUAG